CAGCUCAGCAAUAAAAGAGCGCCGCAUAGGAGGAGAUAUUCACUUUCACAGUGAGUCUUCUGCAGAACCGUCGGCUUUGGGCUCCUUAGUGCCAUGCUGCUGAAGAUGGGGUCUCUUCGCCUGUGUCUGCCAGUCUGGCUCCUGGCUCUGCUGCUCGCUGCGUCUCUCACUGAAGGGUUUCACAUGGUUAACAGGCCCAGGAAGUGCUGCUUUGACUUUGCUGCGAAACAGCUGUCUAGACGGAAGAUUGUGAGCUACUCAACAACUAGCCAGCAAUGCACGAAGGGAGGGAUUCUGUUCAGAACUCUAGCUGGGAGGGAGGUCUGCGCCAGGCCCUCAGACAAAUGGGUGCAAGACUACGUCAAGUUUUUUGAUGGCAAAAGCAAGCCCUCCAGAACUUAAAAGCUCUGCUGCUGAAGCCCCUUUCAUUAUCUGUGUCUGCCCUGCUGUUCAUUGGUGAAAUAGCCAAGUAUAAAAUUCUCCAAAGCACCUUUCAAGCUAAAGUUGUGGACGUCACCUCUGUUGCUCAUGUCUCCGAGUGAGUGACUGAGUUUGACCGCAUUUUGCUCUCAGUUUAGAUGCCCCAUAGGGAGUUUGUUGUUAAAAAACACAUAUCAAAACCCGCAGUCUGGAAAACUCCAGUGGAAUAUCGUGUAAGUGUAAAUCUGGAAGAUAUCGGAUUAAAAAUGAAUGGAAAACCAAAACAAGCACUGUGUGAUGAAUUCUAAACUCAAGAAUGUAAUUUACUUCCCUUUACUGAAAAUAGUGAAGAAAAAGUGUUAAAGAGGGGGCUACUUUCCUGCAGCUAUUCUGCUUUUAGUACACUGAAGCAUACUGCCAGAAAAUGCUGUCUAUUAUACUAGGCCAAUUUGUGAUACUAAGGAAAAUCACAAAGCUGAAAUAUCAGAAAAAGCCAUCUACCUACUAAAAGAAAAGAGUUUUGUGAUACCUGAUUCCUGUUGCCUCCUGUAAACAAUUGUCUACAAUAACAGUGAUGCAGAAGUGUACUGUAGCCAGAGGUGGUCUAUUUUGUACAUGUAUUUUUUUGUGCAAAUCUAUGUGUGUGUUUCAUUAAAACAA